UGGUCAAUUCUCUUCCUGCCCAUCCGGCCAGCAGGGGGGCAAAAUGAUUCACUUUUCCUUAAAUAUUUUUGAAAUGAACUUUAAGAGUCAGCUGCCGAAGAUUUGGUGAUUCAGUGAAACUUAUCUCAGCGCUGUAGGGGCAGACACUUUGGUACACACGCUUUCUUUUUUUCUCUCAGGGAAAAGGGUGUUGCAGAGUGAACAGUCCGGGGCAGGUCGUGCCAUUGCGUCGCCAAGAGUCUGGAGGUUUGUGUGGACAUUUCUGGAAUAGCCUUCAAAGCUGGGGUUUUUUGGCCAAGGAGAACCUGGGAGGAAGCACAGCCGCGUUUUUCUUCUGUGUGCACAAUCAGCGAAGAGUUCCAGCGAGGAUCACACAGAGCACAUUUCUAGCAUUUUCUGCGUUCUUCCUCCUUCCUGCGUCCAGGAGAUCGUCACAAUAUUUACUGGAAAUAAACAAUGCCCGAGGAUUAAUUGGAUGAAUUAAGUAAUUAGUGUCUUGACGUGCGUGAGAGUGUAUUUUGGAGAUGUGAAGUGGUCUAAACUUUUCGCCGACAGACUUUAUUCAUUCCUCCGGUGUUUUUGAGGAAAUGUUUCAGAGUUUUUGGAUGUUUGUCUAAGAGAUGAGAUACUCUGCUGAUCUCCUGGGAUCAUUGGUUGCUUGAAAACGGAAGUGUUGCUGAGAUGAAGUUUUGGAUAUAACUGUUUACGCACAACAAACUCUGCUCUUAUUCGCCUGCUUUGUCAAAUAAAGAGCAGACAGUGAAGUGGAUUUCCUCCACAGAAGGCAGGCAUGCUGAGAAACACUUAAGGUGGAUGUUUGUGUGCCCACGCUGCACAUCUUCAUCUGGAAGUAAUUGAUAAACGGCCUCAAAUGCACUAAAGACGCGCGUGGAUCGCAGCUCCGCCACUGGAUCUGUAUUUUAGUUUUUAUUUUCUGACAUCUCGACAUAAUGCGUGGGGCUUUUGUGCUCAGUUUAGCUCUGAUCUAUCUGCUGACAUGGACUGGAGAGGCGGACAAACCGAAUCACCUCCAUCGGUCGCAGCUGCAAAGACGCACGAGACAGGGGCGAGCCCAGCUGGGCACAGCAGACAACGGGGGCCUUGUUGGGCGUUUGCGUCCAGGGUUUAGUUCAGCUAUCUCUGUGCACGCUGCCAGGGGGCAGGAGGACGUGCAAGCUGAUGAAGGUACUCCAGCUUCCGUCAGGUCAGGGACUGUGCAGGGCAGGAGAGCAGGAGGUCUCGUGCCACGGAGAGGGCUGGCCGGACAGCUCGGUGUGCCAAGUCAGCCGGACAUGCAGAAGGAUGAGGGCGCACCAGGAGCGCGAGCCAGGGUGACCCGGAUGCCCAGCGGCGCAGGGUCACCUAACCUGCUGGCCAGUUUUGCUGGAAAGAACCGCGUCCUGGUGAUCUCAGCCCCUCAUGAGUCAGACGGAUACUACAGACUCAUGAUGUCUCUCCUCAAACCAGAUAUUUACUGUGAGCUGGCAGAAAGGCAUGUUCACCAGAUCGUCAUUUUCCAUCAAGAGGGCGAGAUGGGGGGCAAGGUGAGGAGGAUCACCACGGAGGGGAAGGUGAUGGAGGAGCCGCUGGACACUGCUCUCAUCCCCAGACUCAUGAGCUUCCUCAAACUGGAGAAAGGUAAGUUUGGGAUGGUGCUGCUGAAGAAGACCCUGCAGGUGGAGGAGAGGUACCCGUACCCUGUGAGGAUGGAGGCCAUGUACGAGGUGAUCGACCAGUCGCCUAUGAGGAGGCUGGAGAAGCUCCGGCAGAAAGGCUUCGUGCAGAAGUGCAGAGGAGCGGGUGUGGAAGGCCAGGUGGAGGAGGGCACGCUCGCAGCAGUAGAUACACCAGUAGAAAGAAAACCAACAAAGAAAAUCAUGAGAAAGCCAACAACCACCACAGCCGCCACAACCACCACUCCGGCAACUACCACACGACCAACCACGACCCCUACCACCACCACCACCACCCCUCCAACGACCACGACCCGGCCCACCACCACAACCAGAGCAACUACAACCACGACCACCACCAGAAGAACCACCACAAAAAGACCGGCCACCACUACCACCACCACCACACUGAAACCAACCAGAGCCCAGACCACAGCCAUGUGGCUCCCCGCACCAAGAACCACUGCUGAUCCUCACUACUACGACCGCAGAGAGAGGGAGCGGUACCCGGCUAAAACCACCCCGGCCGGAGACAACCGCACUGACAAGGACAGCAGAGACCCACAUGGGAGAAAGAUGGUUCCUGCCACACAUAAACCCUCAAAGAUCAGACCCACCAGGAGGAAGAACGGUGGAGAGAAGGUGUUGACUAACGAGUAUGAGGACAAGUAUGAACCCAGCAGGCCAACAGUCAGCGAUCCUGGGGAGGCAGAAACCUUCACAGACAUCAGUCCAACCAAGAGGGUGAAAGGCAAACACGAUAAGCACGACAAGAAGAAGAAAAAGAACGACAAGGCUGCCAAGAAAGCCGAGAGGAGGGGAGGAGGAAAGGCAGGGAAGAUCGGGGGAAAGAGAAAUGGAAAGAAGCUGCCAAAGUACCCUGAGAAAGAGGACUACCCGAAGCCCACCAAAAAGCCGACACCCCCGCCAAAGGGAUCACUGGCUUCUUUCCUGGACUACUUUGAGAACAGGAGGCGGCUGCUGCUGAUUACAUCUCCCAGCGAGGAGAACAGAAUGUAUGCUCAGCAGAGGGAUGAGUACCUGGAGUCUGUGUGUGAAAUGGCCAUCAGGAAAGUCUCCAUCAUCACCAUCUUUGGCUCCUUGACCAACUCCACCAUGAAAAUCGAUCACUACCAGCUCGAAAACGACAAGCCGAUGAAGGGUCUUCGUCAGGAGGAUCUGGUGAACCAGGACCUGAUCACAGAGCUGAGGAAAGAGUUCAGUAUGGUCUACGAGGACUUCUACAUGGUCCUCACCGACACCGACAUGAGGGUGAAGCAAUCCUACGAGGUUCCCAUCGCCAUGAAGGCCGUGUUCGACUACAUCGACACCUUCUCGUCCCGCAUCCGAGAGAUGGAGCAGCAGAAGAGGGACGGGGUCGCCUGUAAGAAAGAGGACAAGCCCAGGUCCCUGGAGAACUUCCUCUCCAGGUUCCGAUGGAGACGUCGCCUCUUCAUCAUCUCCGCCCCCAACGACGAGGAGUGGGCCUAUCAGCAGCAGCUCUACUCCCUCUCCAGCCAGGCCUGCAACCUCGGUCUGAGGCACAUCGCCAUUCUGAAGCUGGCCGGCACAGAGUUACUGGAUAUGGGUGGAGUCCUGGAACUGUAUCCUAUCAAUGGGAGCGCUACUGUGGAGCGUGAGGGACUGUCGGGCAUGCUGGUGAAGGACAUGAGGAACUACUUCCAGAUCAGCCCGGAGUACUUCUCCAUGCUGCUGGUGGGGAAAGACGGCAACGUGAAGUCCUGGUACCCGUCGCCCAUGUGGUCCAUGGCGAUCAUCUACGACCUGGUGGACUCGAUGCAGCUGCGGCGACAGGAGAUGGCCAUCCAGCAGUCACUGGGUAUGCGCUGCCCUGAGGACGAGUACGGCGGCUACGGCUACCAUCAGCACGGAUACGAACACGGUUAUCAGGACGGAUACCACCAAGGCUACGGCUACUAACUCCCCAGCGUGCAUCGCAGCUUGUGUGUGGUGUCUUAACUUCUUUUAAAUCUUUCCAGUUGGCUCGGACAAAUUGAGGUCCUUGAAUGUUUUGUAGCACUUAAUGAAAGCCUCCGAACGGUUGCUUUCACCUUUACAGCUCUUUCAUUUCAGUUUAUAUCGCUGCGAGUGAAGACACUUUGUCAAGAGGCUUUAAUCAGAGAACUGUUAGUGUAGGAUUGUGUAGAUGAGCCUGGAGGUUCAGGGAUUUAUUGUCCAAAGUUUGUAAUUUAGAUUUUCUAGUUUGGUCAUUUCCUACAGAGGGUAUUUCUGCCACCAAGUUAAAACCAAUGGGAUCAUUAUCAAGUGAGAACAGGAUAUUUUGAUGCAAUUAUGACAUACAAACUUAAGGUAGAGUCAGUAGCAUUUUUUUUUACCUUACCGUCACUGCAGGACGGAGUGUGUACGUUUACAGCUUGUACCUACACUGCAAGCUACCGCAUGCUAGCACAAGCUAACCGCCGGUGUUUGGCAUCUACCUGUCCAACAGGAAGCAGGCCAGCUCCACAUCUGUGGGUGAAAACCAACACAAGGUUCACCCUCGUUUUGGUUGGAACGAGCUCUGUCCACUUGGUGUUACAGUUGACAAUAAUUACCUAUAUUUUGUUUUCUGUGCUGUUAAAUGUCCGUUAUAUUCUCGUCAAAUCGCUAAAUUGUUCCACUCCGAAACUUACCUGCUGCGCUGUCAUUGGCUAGAGGAAACACACCAGCUCCCUGCCUGGAAACGUCCGGAGUCAACCAAAACAUGAAAAUCAGCCACCAUCACAGAUGUAUGGAGGCCCAGAAGGGACGAUGGAGCAGCUUUACUUUAGGAGAAGUCUAUAUUUGAUUAUUUUAGGAAAAAGCUACUGACUCCAUCUUUAAAUGAACAGUACCUUUUUGUAUGAGAAACAUUUCAUGUUAUACUUAAAAGAUUUUAUGAUGUUUUACAAUGAUGUGUUAUGUGAUUUUAUUCAUGUCCUAACAAGAUAAAUAGUUCUAAUCAGUGAA